UGUACCCUCCCCUUAACCCAAUUUUAUAAGAAAGAAGAGAUGCCGGCGGUGAUUUGCAGAGGCGAAGAGAGAGAAUGUGUAGUUCGAGAAUUCAGAAACCACAGAAAGAGAAAUCAAAGACGAGAACGAGAUUUGAUGCCUGAUAUUGCAAACGAGUUGGCUGUAACAGAAAAUUAAGACCGGAGCAGUACAUUAGUUAUGGCAGAUUUGGGUAUUCCUCUCCUGAGAAUCCUAGCCACAUCAGAUUAUUAUGGUCCUUUUGUUUUCGGUUGGCUGGUCACAGGGUCAUUUGGACUUCUGGCAAUCAUAUAUGCAAUCCUUGCUUGGCAAAGGAAGACAUCACUGAAGUGGGUUAAAGCUGCUGCAAGAGCAAAGAAGAAAGUCUGGAAGAAGUUAAGAGUCCCUUUGUCUCCGCAUUCAUGGACAGAAGAUUUUUCUUAUGAUGACCAGCCAUCAACAUGUUGCGUGUGUCUAACUUCUCUGGUGUGCCUACAAAGUGGUGGUGCAAAGGCUGCGUCUCACUUUCCUUUACAUCGCUGCACUGUUUGCGGUGUAGCUGCUCAUUUCUAUUGUUCGCAGUUUGCAGCCAAGGACUGCAAGUGUGUAGCACAGGCUGGUUCAACCCAUCUGCUGCACCAUUGGUCAGAAAGGUGGACCAAAUCGGAUGACAGCACUGAAAUGUCUGCUUUCUGUUGUUACUGUGAUGAAGCAUGUAUCCCUUUUCUUGAUGCUUCUCCUACAUGGCAAUGCCUGUGGUGUCAGCGACUUAUACACGUUACUUGUCAUUCCAAAAUGUCAAAAGAAUCUGGUAGUGUAUGUGAUUUGGGUCCUCUCAGAAGGCUCAUCCUUUCUCCACUCUCUGUAAAAGAAGUUGAUGAUGUUACCACUACCAGUGGAAUGCUGAGUUCUAUCACAGAAAAUAUUAUAACUUCAUCAGUUCGUGGGAAAAUCAGAAGGCGUCAACGGGGCCGAAAUGGAAAUAACCGUUCUGCUUAUUUUGGGGUUCAUGAUUGUAACCUACAGGAUGCUUCUCAGACAGAUACAUCUCUCAAUUGUGUCCUUAAUGGGCUUGUUGCUCUUGAUAAGCCAUGCAAUAGAGAGAUUAAUGACCAGUUCUUGAAGAAGAAUGGUAGGGUACCAAUCGUAAAAGACACUCAAAAUGGAUUUGUGCAGGGAAAUGUGGUAAAUGCUACCGUUUGUGUUAAGAACUACAAAGUAGUGAAUUUGCCGAAUGAUGCAAGACCUCUUCUGGUUUUUAUCAAUACCAAGAGUGGAGGUCAGUACGGACCUGCUCUGCGGAGGAGAUUAAACAUGAUAUUGAAUCCUGUACAGAUUUUUGAACUGAGUUCUUCCCAGGGGCCUGAGACUGGUUUGAAGUUGUUUAGUUCUGUGCAAUACUUUAGGGUUUUAGUCUGUGGUGGAGAUGGUACAGUUGCUUGGGUUCUUGAUGCCAUUGAGAAGCACAACUUCGAAUCACCGCCACCUGUUGCUAUACUUCCCCUGGGCACUGGAAAUGAUUUGUCUAGGGUUUUGCAAUGGGGAGGAGGUUUGUCUUCUGUUGAGGGAAAAGGUGGCCUAGAUACCCUUCUUCAUGACAUCAAUCAUGCAGCAGUGACAAUGCUAGAUCGUUGGAAUGUUAAUAUCAAAGAACAAAAUCCAGAUCACAAUCCCAGAAAACUGCAAUCCAAGUUCAUGAUGAACUAUUUAGGUAUUGGCUGUGAUGCUAAGGUUGCCUAUGAAUUUCACUUGACUCGGGAAGAAAACCCUGACAAGUUCCGUAGCCAGUUUGUGAAUAAAUUGCGAUAUGCCAGAGAAGGUGCCAGGGAUAUCAUGGAUAGAGCAUGUGCAGACCUACCAUGGCAAGUUUGCCUUGAAGUGGAUGGGAAGGACAUCUGGAUCCCAAGGGAUUCCGAGGGUAUAAUUGUGCUCAACAUUGGCAGUUAUAUGGGUGGGGUAGAACUAUGGCAAAAUGACUAUGAGCAUGAUGAUGAUUUUAAUCUUCAGUCAAUGCAUGAUAAGGUGCUCGAGGUUGUUUCUAUUAGCGGAGCUUGGCACCUUGGCAAACUUCAGGUUGGACUUUCACAAGCCAGGAGACUAGCCCAAGGGAAAGUAAUUAGGAUACACACUUCCAGUCCGUUCCCAAUCCAGAUAGAUGGGGAACCAUUUAUGCAACAACCUGGCUGUCUAGAAAUAACACAUCAUGGGCAGACUUUCAUGUUGAGGAGGGCAUCAGAUGAACCCACAGGUCAUGCAGCUGCGAUAAUGACAGAGGUCUUGGUAAAUGCCGAGUGUAAUGGUGUUAUCAAUGCAUCACAGAAGAAAUUACUUCUCCAGCAAAUGGCCCUAAAUCUCUCUUGAUGUGACCAUCCCUUCAUCCUUGUCAGAAUUAUUUCUCUAACCACUGAGCCCCCUUACCCUGAAAAGA